AGGCUGAUGCAUAUUCAUGAAGGAGGAGAAUGCGUAUGAAAGUGCGCCCUCGUCCAGAAGGGUGGAGUGAAGGUGAAGGCUGUGAAAAGCUUAACGUCUCAUUCUGAACUGGAUUCAGUUGCAAGAGAGAAGAAGCCGCCGCAUCAGCAGUUCCAGAUAAACAGAUAAAGAAAUGAGCUCAGGAAUAAAAGACCCUCCACCGUAUGUCAUCCCGGUGGAUAAAGGAGGGGAUGACGUGAGGGUGUACAAGGUGCACACGCCAUUCGACCCAAAAUCCACAUCCGCCAGCGCGUCAGACUUCAGAGUCCCUACCCAAUCCACGACAAAUUACACGACGCCCACCGACAGGAACAGGUACGUUAAUUACGAGUCGGAGCUCGGGCGCUCUCCUGGUAUGGUCACCUGCCCCAACUGCCGAGAGCAAGUGCUCACUCAUGUCACCUAUAAAGUGGGAACGUAUGCAUGGCUCAUGUGCCUCCUCUUCAUCCUGUGCGGGUUCAUAAUUGGCUGCUGUCUCCUGCCGUUCUGCCUCAAGUUCUUUAAAGACGUCUAUCACUCCUGCCCCAAGUGUAACCGUGUUCUGUAUGUGAACAAGAAAAAGUGUUGCUGACCCUGGCUGACCAUCUUAACACAGCUUAACAAUCAGCUGAAGAAAGAAAACGCACACGCACACACACACACACACACACACACACACACACACACACACACUAAAUAAAACACAGCACACCAACAUCUAGUCAUCGUGAUCGUGAAUGAACAUGAGAUUAGCUGAUGUCACUGCUGGUCACUUUAGAAACCUAACCAUGUAUUGCUCUUGUUAUUAUGCUUGUUAUAAGUUGCUAUAAUGCUCCUGUUGCUACACAACCCUGCUGAUAAUUAGGACGUUUCGAUUCGGACGAUCAAUGUUUUCUCAUCCAGACUUUCCAUGAGUCCACGUGUUUGCUCUGUUUUCAGGUGUUCAGUGUUCUUGUUUGUUUGGUUCAGGUGUGUUCGGAGCUGGAUAGAGCAAAAAAAAAGUGUCCCGGACGCUAGAGUCUGACAAAGGAAGUCGAUAUCAUCAGUCAGUCAGUAGAAAAGAAAAUCAUAUUGUUGCUAUUUAGUGACCAAAACUAGCUUUUGUACAGAAUAAACAACAUUCGGACAUAUAAAAGUCUCAUAUGUCGAUACGUUCACCUUUAAGAAUUAUUACCAGUGAAAAACUUUAGCCAGCUAACAACCACAAGUCAAGAAAACACUUCUCAAAUGACAUCAGGUGAUAUUUGUAUCCAAGAUAUUAUCCUAAAUGUUCCUAGCCUUUCCUGCUAAUGCUUGAUAGCAUCAUGCUAACCUGCGCUAACCGGCGCUAACAUGCUAACGUGACAGGAUUUCUGACAGGAUUCGAUCAUUUUUAUUACACAGCCAUGUAACCACUUUCAUUCAUAAAUACUGGCUUUUUCAUUUGCUUUAAAUGGCUGAAGUUAUGACUCUAGAGUUUUGGGAGAAAUCUGUAGUCUGGACAGAAAAAAACGCUGAUCUCCAUCAGAGGGUUUAAGUUCCUCUGGACAUCAUCAUGCACUCCAAUACGACCACCUGAACAGAAUCCGGUGUUUAAUAUGAAGGACAUGGAGUGUAGAGUAACACGCUAUGGAGUUACUCACACCAUCGUUAUUAUAAUUAUUAUUAUUUACCACUGAAUUUGAGGAUUUUUUUCACAGAGAAUGGGGGCAGAUAUUCUCGGGGCGUUGGGCUCUGUAAGUGUUAUAGAAAUGAUUUUGUUGGUGUAAAACAUUAAACUGUUUUUUUUUUUUUUGGAUAAAUCCCUGCACACUCCGGCAAUAAGGCUCCACGGUAUUGGUAUCUAGUUCUCAGGUUCUUCAGCAGACGAACAUUGAGUUGAACACUAACAAAUUAGACCAGGAAACCCCUGUGCUUUGUACAUAAUUCUCCAGAAAUAUGGAAUAUUAUUUUAAACUGUAUUUUGUAUCGGAGAGCUCCGUUACGGCGACGUACAAGUCAGCGUAAAUAAGCCGCUCCGCUCGGUCAUUAAAAAUCAUCUUUUUCCCGAA